AUUCACAGUUUUUUGAUGUGAUGUUUCAUAUACACACUCUGCAGGUUCCCUCAUUUCUAGAGAAGCUUCUACUGUACUGGUGGAGAGAAAAAAUAUCUAUCAUCAUAAUGAACCGGAGUGAUGCCACCACCAUGAAUAUUGUCUUUGUCACCCUCUCUGAGAAGUGUUUGGCAUGUGACUGGUAGAUGAAUGAUAGAGAGAAAGAAGAAAGAUCAAAGUUCAAAACUCAAGACGGGAGCUGGUCUUUCCAUACCCUCUAUAUAGUUCUGGCUCAGUGUGUAGUGCACUGGACUUCAUGUCAAGUUCAUUCUUUUGGUUUUAACAGGAUGGGAUUACGCAAAAUGUAAAUCCUUUUGUGGUGAGCCACCUUGUCGUCUGGAUAUGUAUGUACAUUUGUGACCCACACUCUAACAUUUUAUGUAUGUAUAACAGCCAUAAUACACACGUUGACACCCUAACUUUCACACAAAGUAUGACUCACUCUCUGGCCCA